UUCUUUUAUAAAAUAGCCGUUAAUGUUCAUUAUUUUGCUAAUAUCUUUAUAAGAUGGCUUUCGCUCCUCUUUUAAUGGAAGGCUUAACGCCUGAAAUGGAGAAAAUAGCUAAAAAGGAACUUGGAGAGACCCCACUAGUCAAAAAGGAAUCCCUAGAAAAAAUCAAGAGGCUCAUAGAAAAGGAACCUGAUUUCUAUCCUUGCAUGGAUGAUAAAUUCCUACUAAUGUUUCUUCGAAACAAGAAGCACAACAUCCAAAGAGCUUUCAAGGCAUUGCGAAACUAUUAUAUCUUCAAAGAAAAGUAUUCAGGAGUUUAUACGGAUUUUUUACCUUCAGGAGUUAAGAACGUCAUGGAUGCGAACUGCUACUCGAUGAUGCCUCUUAGAGAUGCAGGUGGUAGACUUGUAAUCAUAAUUCGUCCAGGUCAAUGCCUAGACAAAGGAGUUACUAUAGAAAAUAUAUUUUCUGCAAUUCUGAUAGUUGGUACACUCGCUUACAGAAUGGAAGCGUCUUCUGUGUGCGGUUGUGUGACCAUUAUCGACCUUAAAGGAUUUAGUGCACAGCAGUUUUACUCGCUUGUGUCGCCAAAAUUUAUAAUUUUCAUAUUUAACUGCAUACAAGACUGCCUGCCUUAUCGAAUGAGGGAAAUACACAUUGUAAAUGAAUCAGCUUUUUUCAAUGUCUUCUAUAACAUCAUAAAAUUUGCUAUACCAAAGAAGCUGAGAGAUAGGUUUCAUAUGCAUGGAAAGAACAUUGAAGCUCUCCACAAGCAUUUUUCUCCGGAAAUACUCCCUGAGGAACUGGGAGGGAAAGCAGGCCCCGUCGACAGCACAGUAUUUUACAACAAUGCACUGAGACUGGAAUCUUUUGCCAAAGAGAUGAUUGAAUGUGGAUUUCGAAGAACGCGUUCAGUGAACUCUGGAUGACCAAUUGAAAAAAUUAUUGUUUUUUUUUAAAAAUUUAGUUUAAUUACAGAUUUAUGCAACGAAUAAGAAAUUUACAACUAUACAUUUUGUUAAAAAAUAUUUUAUUUUUCAACCACCUGAGCUAGUUCAAAAAAUGACAAAACUAAUACUUACUCGCACAGACUUUACUGUUUGUUAUCUAAAACAAUAUACGAACUUACUUUUCCCAGGUCCUCUCACUAUGGCGUGAUUUUUGUUAUGAAAUGGUUAGCAUUAAUUGUUACCAAAUUACCAGUUGGAUUCAACGCUAGUGCGAUCUGUGUAUAUUUCAUAAAUUAUAGCUUGGGAAAAAAUCAACACCUAUCGAGGACAAAAGAAGCAUCUUGCAUGCUGACAUACUGUCACCUAAAAUGAACAAGAGGUAGUGUAUCAUGGUACUGAAAUAUCGUCUUAAGAUGUUAAACACCAAACUUCUUUGUGUGCUGUCAGUUCUCGUCUAUAAUCUGCUACACUAAAACAGGCCCUUUAAGGCCGUUUCCAGCUGCCCAUUUGCGAUCUAACUCCUGUUGUCAUCCCGCGCAACAUUCGUUUUCUCCUCUUAUUUGACAAAGUACU